AUGCCACUCCGCGCGGUCACGUGCACCAGCAGAGAUCGGCCAGCCGCGAUUGAAGCUCUUGCGGUUGUCUGCCUUCCACCGUCUUCCCUCAUCCCACCCAAGAGCCGUGCUCGUGUUUACGAAUCCAGAAUGCCGUCCGUGGGAGGCUCGAAACGCGUCAGGGGAGUCUCUGUCUUCCGCCCUUUCGUAUUCGGAAGCGAAGCCCAGCCCUUCGAUCCCGCAAAGAAACCGCCCCACGUCCCCGCCGACCACACGCACCAAUGGCGCGUCUUCGUGAAGGGCGUCAACGACGAAGACAUCUCCUACUGGCUGAAGAAAGUGCAGUUCAAGCUGCACGAGACGUACGCGCAGAACGUGCGCACGAUCGAGCAGCCCCCGUUCGAGGUGAGCGAGACGGGCUGGGGAGAAUUCGAGAUCCAGAUCAAGCUGUACUUCGUUCCGGAAUCGAGCGAGAAGCCGCAGACACUCUGGCACAGCUUGAAGCUGCACCCGUAUGGGCCGAAUGCGGAUGCAAUCCGCGAGCGUCGUGAGGUGGUCGUGAGCCAAAACUACGAGGAGGUCGUGUUCAACGAGCCUGUUGAGCAGUUUUACGAUCUCCUGACGGGUGGCUCGGGGACUCCGCAGCCGCAGCAGAAGGGCAAGGGAAAGAAUACGAAGCAGUCACAGCCCAAAGGUGGUAGGACUGCUGAGAUCCCUGCCAACGAAACCCCAGACAAUCCGUAUAGUCGGGCGGCGGAGAGCAAGGAAAUGGAUCGGUUGGCGGAUGCCAACAAGACGGUGGAGCAGAUGAUCAAGGAGGAGAAAGAACGUCUCGUGGAGCGGGAGAAGAAGUUGGCGGCCUUGCGUGAAAGCGAAGGGGUUCCGGCGGGAGCUCACACGAAAAAGAGAUAA